UAAUCGAAGAGAUCACCAGAGUUUCAUGGAGCAAACACAGAGACUCCUGAGCCAGCCCCCUCCCAUCCCCACUUCGCAGGCCAAGAAGAAAAGGAUGCCAGUGAAAUCUUUCUUUUCCAAGGUCUCUUGGAAACUGAGGUUGCAGAAGCGGGAGCCUUUGAAGAAUGCGUUUUUCAUCUUGGCAGAAAAAGCCCGGGAUCCUAAUGCUAAAAAGCGCCAUCUGGCAAUGAGAUGCCUGGGCACCAUGGCCCGUGAAGCCCCUGACAAGCAGGUGAGAAAGUACAAGAAAGUUUUCCUUGACCUCCUGGUGCAUGGACUGUAUGAUCCUGUGAGUUCUGAAGUUAUCCACGAGAGUGUGAAGACUCUGACCAUCAUGCUGGGCAAGAUCCAGGGCCAAGGCCUGGGCUCCUUCUUCAUAGACAUCACCCUUCAGACCAGGACUUUAUUGGAUGAUGAGAACGACAGUGUGCGGUACUCGGCCUUUGUUCUGUUUGGGCAACUGGCUGCAUUUGCUGGGAGGAAAUGGAAGAAAUUUUUCACCCACCAGGUUAACCAGACACAAGAUUCCCUCCUGACCCAUUUACAGGACAAAAGCCCUCAGGUUGCCAAGGCUUGCAAAACGACCGUUCGAGCCUGUGUUCCGUACCUGAAACUCAGGAAGGAGCGGGGUUUCCAAAGUGAAGAAGAUCAGAGGAACCCCAGGCUUUCCCGGCAGCUGACCUAAGAGGAAUAGACCUGGGGAAUCUUUGACUUUUCUGACCGGCAUGAAAACCUAUGCAAUGUGCAAAGUAUUGAAUGAAUCAAAAGCCAGAGAGUUCAUUUGCAACUUAAGUGAACAAAUCUAAUUUUCUAAUAAAAAUAUGUUAUCUUACAGGAACAAACAAUGUCUUGUAUUAUACAUAUUUUACUUGCUUUUGUUUUUAAUGCAUUGCUCUCCCCUGUGAUCUCUGAGUAACAUAUGGGGAAGGUUCUGUCAUCAUAGCUGGGAUAUGCGCAGGUAAGGCUGUUUCAUCUUGAAAGACCUUUGUGUUUAUACCUGGACCCAAUGUUGACUAACUCAAAGAAAGAAAUGGCUGCUCUAGCCUUUUGGAUUUCACAAGGCAUUUUUAUUAAGUCUGAUUUAGACUUGUUUAUCACAUUCUGUCUGAGAAAUCAAAGCCUAUAACAUCUGGUUUUCCCAGCAUCGAUAUAAGACUGUUUCCAACAGGCUGUGCGACUUCACUUCUUGGGCUGUAGAAUGGGAGCUGAAAGGACCAAGAUGGGUCACUGUUUCUAAGGAGCAUCCCCCUCAUGUCUCAUGUUUCUGAGUGUCUCGGGAGGUGAGGUCCACGGUGUGGCCCGUGUCUGGCAGACCGUAGGAGGGCCGAAUGUGGAGCCCACUUCUUCUACCUGCAAAGCUCAAGGAAUUCAUACCAAUUUUUCAGCAAGUGGUACUCUGCAUUUUCCAUGGGCAGGCACAAAGCAAUCAUUUGAAAUAACCAAUCAGUACCCUAGGGGUAUUGCUCAGUAAUGGAGUGUUUGCCUAGUAUAUGCAAGGCCCUGGGUUCAAUCCCCCACCCCACAGUAAAAUAAAAUAAUCGAACAACAAACAAAUGAAAAGCCCUGCGUCACUUCUCUGGUUUGUUUUCCUUUCUCCUCCCCAGGCUCUGCUGGUAGGAACCUACACAAGGCAUGAGAAACAUGAGGCCCUGUAACGUCUGCUGGAAGGGAAGGUUUGGCUAGAAUGGAAUUGCUGCUGACAUGCCCUGGGAUGGUGCAGUAAAGUUCUUGCUAUAAAAGCAUGACUUCAGGUUCCUGGUACCCAUGUGUAAAGCUUGGUGGUGCACACCUGUAGUCCAGUGCUGGGAAGGCUAAGAGAGAAGGAUCCCUAGGGUUGCUGGCCAGCUGGCCUGGCUGAAUCAGUGAGCUCCCAGCUCAGAGAGUGAGUGAUUCUGUCUCAAAAAUUAAAGGGGAGAGUAUUAAAGGGAGACAUCCAGUAUUUAUCUGCUUCUGGUCUUUACAUAUACACAGAAACUCAUGUCACAUGCCUAUACAUUUGUACACAUGCUUAUGCUCAUGUGUGUGUGUGUGUGUGUGUGUGUGUGUGUGUGUGAGAGAGAGAGAGAGAGAG